AUGUCGUUGUACAAAGCACAGGCCGGCUGCAGCGCGAGAGAGGAUGAAGCCAUUCUGAGCGGCGUCUUCUGCUCCUUCUGCUCUCACACAGUGGCCAUGCUACGUGCUCCUCAGGUGAACAGCUGGACGGUGAAUAUUUGGCAGCUCACGGCACAGCUGGCUUUUAAGAGGAAGAGCUGCUCAGAGCCGCUGGGGGGUCACAGGCUGUAG